AUGGCUCGUACCGGUGGAUUUAUCAUCGACCUCAAUGAUGAUCAGCAUCCUUAUUUUGAAUUGUCGAAGCAAAAUAGCGAAUUGCCGUUCUUGAGGAUCCUACCACCAGAUGUCCGUCUCAUAAUCUACGAGAUGCUAGUGUAUAGAUACAGCCCAAUCAAUCCCGUCCAGGUUCAACGUUAUUCGAACAAGUUCGGCCUUGAACACGAGCAAGGAUAUCUAGAUCCGCGAUUCACAACUGUAUACCUCGCUCAGACAUGCCGCGCUAUCUAUGUUGAGAUUGAAAGGUGGAAUCCAUUAUACAGGGUCAACACAUUCCAGUUUUCGUCCCAGCUACGAUGUUGCGAAUUCUUGGCAGCCAUCGUGCCACGGAAACGCAAGCAGAUUCGCCGGCUCAUCAUUGAAGUUGAAGGAAACCCGAUGGGCGCUGAGCCGGUCGGAACAACAUUCACAUUAAGCAAGGAGCUAUUGGCAUUGCUUAGCCAGUGUGAUGGCGUUCACUUUAACAUGCUAAGGUUGUUGAUGAACUUCAGACCGUGCGCUCAACCAGCGGCUCUGAGAAAUAUCUUGAACCAAAGUAAAGAUCCUGUGCAAAGACCGGGUCUACAUUACAUGUGGGAAUUGCCUUUCUUCACACCUGAGAUGCUUUUCGAUUGCAUUGAUGCAACUCACCGGACUGUAAUACCUUUAGGCAAAGAAAUAACUAACGCAUUGAGAGCACGUACGGCCCAUGAUAUCCCUCAGUGGUUCAAAGCAAUGGCCGGAAACAACCGACUCCUGGAAGAUGCAGUCGCCGCCACCCGCAUCCAAUUCCCAGGAGAGUUGCGUAUAACGCUAGAUAAAGAGAGUAGUUCCAUCGGUUCGGUAGCUUCCAGAACGCGCGCAAAGUGUGGAGUUCCUAAUUCCGUAGGUAUCGUGGAACGUGAGAUCACUAGAUACAACGUGGAAGGCAUUUUAAUUAAGGACAUAUAUAUCACCAACAUCAGAUGGGCUGGGGCGCGCGUGGAGUGUGAGGUGGCCAACUUGCAGAAUUGGUGGGACAGGAAUUGGGAGAAUCUCACUGCCCUCUUGGAGCCACGACAUGACUACCGACUCCAGCAAUUCUACCGUUCCCUGAUUUCUGGUUUCAGAAGGAAACAGCGUCCUCUCAACGAGAUGGAGGCCAUACCAUCUCCACAUUAUAUCUUCAAGAUAAUUUCAGAUAUCUUGUCUCCCGAGCACUACAGCAAGAGAGCCGGCUCGGGAUGGUAUUCUCGGUUGGCUUGGAGCUCGCUAACGACGGAAUGGGAUUCCUUAGCCCAGCAAGAGGGCUCCGAAACGGAAAGAGAGAAAGAGAACUGAUCAGAUCUUUUCGUGAUGCGAAUAUUUCUG